UUUUCACUGUAAUCGUUACAAGAACCGGCGAUGGACGUAUCUGUGUUUUUCGGUCUGCUCAUUGGCAUCGCAUUGCUAAUUGCGGUUUGGUUACUGCGUCAGCAGAGCUACUGGCAUCGACGCGGCAUACCGCACAGCAAGCCCGUACUCCUGAUGUCUAUGGCAACUAAGCACGUAGUGCAGAUUUUACGCGAGUCAUAUCAGCAGUUUAAGGGCACAGGGCCCUUUUUUGGAUUCUUCUUGCUUGCGACCAAUACCGCACUUAUAGUGGACUUGGAGUUGGUUAAGAAAAUACUGGUCAAAGAUUUCAACUACUUCUCGGAUCGUGGUCUGUACACUAAUGCACACGAUGAUCCGCUUUCGGGUAAUAUGUUCUUCGCCGAAGUUGAGGGUUGGAAACGUUUACGUGCAAAACUAACGCCGACAUUUACAUCGGGCAAAAUGAAGAACAUGUUUCACAUGGUUACUGCGGUCGGCGAGCGUUUUGCGGCAACAGUUCACACCCGAAUAGGUGGUGGUGAUGCUGCAGGUCACGGCAAAGUGCUGCAUGUAUCAGAUCUUAGUGGGCGAUACACCACCGAUACGAUCGGCACUUGCGCCUUCGGACUCGAGUGCAACAGUCUAAAUGCGGAAACACCAGAUUUCGUAUUGGUAACGAAUAGUUUCAUCAAUCGUCGACGUCAUAAUAAACUUGUCGAAGGUUUAAUCUUCAGUUUUCCGCGUAUUUCACGCUUUCUGGGUAUGCGCAUUACAUCACAACAUGUACAAGACUUUUAUAUAAAGCUCGUGGAAGAUACGCUUGAGUACCGCAAAGACACAAAAUUGCGACGUAACGAUUUUCUAGACCUACUAAUCGAUAUGAUGGAACGUGACGAUGCGAAUGGCAAACGUAUUGAGGGUCUGAGUGUGAACGAAAUAGCCGCACAGACUUUUUUGAUGUUUCUGGCGGGAUUUGAGACCUCAGCAACAACAAUGAGCUUUGCACUUUAUUUACUCGCACAGCAUUCCGACAUCCAGGAACGAUUGAGGCGAGACAUUAACGAGGUGCUCGCUGCCAACAAUGAACUUCUCACAUAUCAGUGUAUCAAGCAGAUGAGCUACCUGCAACAAGUAAUAUGUGAGACGCUUCGUAUGUAUCCAAUCGUGCCGAAUCUGAUGCGCAAGGCACAGGCAUAUUACGACACUGGUGACCCAAAGUAUUAUAUUGAGAAAGGCACCAUGGUUAUUAUACCUACUAUAGCUAUACAUUAUGACCCACAGUACUACCCGGAUCCCGAGCGCUUCGAGCCAGCUCGCUUCACUCCCGAAGAAAUUCAACGCCGACCCGCGUGUACUUGGCUGCCUUUCGGCGAGGGUCCACGCAACUGUAUCGGCAUGCGUUUUGGCAGAAUGCAGACUAGCAUCGGGCUAAUUUAUUUGUUACGUAAUUUUCGAUUUAGUGUCGCCGCCGAAACCGAAAUACCCUGUCCAUUAACAAAAGCAUCGUGUUUGGUUUCACCGGAGAAUGGUAUACAGCUCAGAGUGGACAGGGUAGAAGGCGCCAAGCCUAUUAGACGUGAAUGGGAAAAUUUGUAAAACUUUAAAUGAAAAAGUCAUAACUUUUUUUAUACAGACUUAUAAGUAAUAUAUAAGAUAUUAUGUAAUAUUUUACCUCUUAAAUGUAAUAAACUUUUUAAGCUAA